UUUCUGUCACGUAUUAUUGAGAGGAAAAGUUACUAUGAGUCAGAAGUGAUCAGAACGAGGGUCGGGAAAAAACAAAAUGUAUGGUCUUAGCUCAAAAGCAAGCAAUGCAGGAAGGAAACUGGGGAGGAAUGGGCUGGUUGCAGUUGCUAUUGACAAGGAUAAAUCGAGUCAAUAUGCCCUUAGAUGGACAGUUGAUAAUCUGCUUGUUAAAGGCCAAACUGUAAUACUCAUCCAUGUACUCCCCAGGUCAUCAUCCACAGCAGCAGCUGGAAACAUAUGUGCACUUAAUGAUGCUAAUCAACAAGUUGAGAAGCCAGCCAAAGAUCUGUUCCUCACCUUUCAUUGCUAUUGCACACGAAAAGAUAUACAAUGCUUCGAUGUUACACUUCAAGGCAAUGAUAUAGCCAAAGCUAUAACUGAAUAUGUAGCCCAAGGUGCAAUCGAGAGUUUGGUUCUUGGGUCAUCACGGCAUGGCUUUAUCAGAAGAUUAAAGGCAAUUGACGUCCCUACUGCAGCACUAAAAGGAGCACCGGAUUUUUGCACAGUUUAUGUUAUCUCCAAAACGAAGAUCUCCCAAGUUCGAAAUGCAUCUCGACUGGCUCCAUUUACUUCUCCUAUUUAUAACCAAAUAAACCAAAUAAAUCAAGUGCAAGAUCAAUUUCAAGUUAGCAGGUCUACUUGCACGUCUCCAGAUCUACGUCCCAAGCAAAUCCCCGUUAUGAGAGGAGACGUCACUCCUCGAAGACCUUUUAUCUCACGAGAGGACCAUGAAUUAAUCAGGUCACCAUUUGCUAGGGGAAGAGGUUUUACUGGGAAAACGUUUGGAGACCUGUCGGAAUCAGAAUCUGAUAUUUCAUUCAUAAGCUCUGAAAGGCCAAGUGUUGAUAGAAUGUCUGCACUUUACGAGGGUAUGGAUUCGGGGCGAACCUCACGGAUAUCAACUAGUUCAGACAGUAGCUUUGGCUCUGAACGUUUUGGAUCUAAGGCCAGCGACUUGAGUUCUUUCUACGAAUUCUCAUCAUCUUCAAUUGAAACUGAUGAUGCAGAAGCAGAAAUGAGAAGGCUAAAAUUAGAGUUGCAAAGAACAAUGGAUAUGUACAGUACAGCCUGCAAGGAAGCUUUAACUGCCAAACAAAAGGCAGCAGAGCUCCAUCGUUGGCGAAUUGAAGAAGAAAAAAGAUUAAAAGAAGCUCGACUAGCUGAAGAGGCAGAUAAGAACAAAUCUGAGUCUGCGUCUGAAACAGACCAAGCAUCUCAAACAAGCCAAGCCCAAAGUCCUCCAAUUUACUGCGGCUUUAGGUAUAGAAGGUAUACUAUUGAAGAGAUCGAAGCAGCAACAGACAAUUUUAGUGAAUCUUACAAGAUUGGAGAAGGCGGUUAUGGUCCUGUCUUCAAGUGUUAUCUUGAUCAUACUGCGGUUGCUGUUAAAAUCUUGCGUCCAGAUGCUACCCAAGGAAGGUCACAAUUUCAACAAGAGGUUGAAGUUUUAAGCUGUAUGCGGCAUCCAAAUAUGGUGCUCCUGCUUGGAGCCUGUCCUGAAUAUGGUUGUCUGGUGUACGAAUGUAUGCCCAAUGGAAGCUUAGAAGAUCGUCUGUAUCGAAGAGGAAAUACCCCUGCUCUCACAUGGCAACUUAGGUUCCGAAUUGCAGCAGAGAUUGCAACAGGUUUGCUUUUUCUUCAUCGAACUAAGCCAGAGCCACUAGUCCACCGUGACCUUAAGCCCGCCAAUAUUCUGCUUGACCAAUACUUCGUAAGCAAGAUUGGUGAUGUGGGAUUGGCCAGAUUAGUCCCCCCUUCGGUGGCUGAAAAUGUAACACAGUAUAGAAUGACAUCAGCUGCAGGAACGUUUUGCUAUAUCGAUCCAGAGUAUCAGCAGACAGGAAUGCUUGGAGUUAAAUCUGAUGUAUAUUCCUUUGGAAUCAUACUUCUGCAGAUCAUUACAGCCAAGCCCGCGAUGGGGUUGACUCAUCAUGUUUCAAGGGCAAUCGAGAAUGGAAACUUCACUGACAUACUCGAUCCCAAUGUGCCUGAUUGGCCUGUUGAGCAAGCGUUAAUCGUGGCAAAUUUAGGCCUUCAAUGUUCAGAAUUGAGGCGAAAGGAUCGACCUGAUCUCGGCAGUGUUGUGCUGCCUGAGUUGAACAAGCUGAGAGAACUUGCUGAUCAAAGUAUGGGCCAUCUUUUGCUUGGUGGUAUUGGUAGUGCUGGCCACUCUCCCUACAAUAGCCAAACUUCUGUGUAAGUAGUAGUAUUAUUAAGUUAGUGAGUCGAGGAGUGGUAGUGUUUAUAGUAAUGUGUAAAACCAUUUCUGUAGGGCAUACUUAUGAAGACGUUUUCUAAAUGUCCGAAACUCAGGGAUAAACGUUGCUGCAAGUGUUCCGAUGUUUGAACAAAUAAGUGCAAACAUCGAGGAUAAUCUGAUCAUCAAUCUGACAAUGUGUAGCUACUAUUGGUUGUUAUCAUAUCUCUUGAUAUUGUACCGAUGAUACUCAAAAACACUUUACCUAUAUAGCCAGAAAGUUUUUAUUUUUUAUUUUUUA